AUGUUGCAUCUCUUAUGGUUCAGUAGCCACAACAAAUAUGAUGAAUGCAAAAUCACGGAAUUAAAAUCUCUGUUACAUAUAUUCGGAUACAAGGAUGAGGGAGAAGCACUGUUGAAUGAUAAGAACAAGCACAAGGGUGAAGUGUUUGUUAAGGUGGACCUCCCAGAAGAUAUAGAUUGGAAGAGUGUAAUUUCCAGAAGCGUCUUAAUAAAAGGUAUUAUACAAAUUUGGAGUGAAGGGACAACAUACGAUGACUUGUUAAGUGACUUGCUAAAGAAAGAGUAUUUAUUUUCUGAGAAUUUGGGGGAUAAAAAAUGGCGUUUCCAUUUUAAUUCAUUUGGGAAAAUAGUCAGCCAAAAUGAUAAAGUAAAGAAAAUGGAACAUUUUAAAGUUAUACUUGACAAAUAUCCAAAAGUUGAUUUGUCGUGCCCGGAAGUAGAGUUAGGGCUUCUAGAAGAGUAUGAUAAAAACAACCUCGGGAUUUUAAAGAAAAUAUAUUUUGGCAAGUGUAUGGCCUUACGAAAGAACAACAAAACUUUAGUGUAUAGAAGAAACGACCAAGGUCACAUGGUAAAUGAUGUAAGAACCAAAAAGACGCAAUUAGCAUGGUGGAUACAUUACUCUCUUAAUAAGAGACCCGUUUUAGGCCCCACAACAACUGACAACGAAUUAGCAUUCCUAAUGUGUAAUAUUGCAAAAGUGAAGGCAGGACAUAUUGUAUUGGAUCCCUUCGUUGGGUCUGGGGGGCUACUAAUAACAUCGUCCAUUUUUAACGCAAUAUGUGUAGGUAAUGACAUAGACAUAAGGCUAUUGAAGGGAUAUAAAAUAGCAUACUUGAAUCCUCAUAUGCAACAUAAAAGUAGGAAUAAAAAUAUUUUUGAAAAUUUUUUACAUUACAAUUUGAGCCUUCCCGAGAUUCUUGUAUCUGAUAAUUCCAAGCCCGUUUGGAAUGCCUUUCACAAACCCUGGGUUGAUGCCAUUGUUACCGAUCCACCAUAUGGAAACAGGGCCACUGUCCGCAUAUGCCUGAGGAAUGCCAAUGCAGGGGAUUCUAUCGAGGGAAGCACACCCGCAAAUGAAGUUACCCUCCCCGGAGGGGAUAACACCGAUAACGCACAUAACCACGACAGGUGGGACUUUACAGAUAAGGACGGAGACGGUUGUCCUCCCCACUGUGACAAUGUCGAUAGCAAAAGAGUAAAAUCUUUAAUGAAUACUAAAACGGUCACAUACAGCUGCACCGAAGCCGUGAAAGACUUGUUAAACAUUGCUUCCAUUACGCUAGUGGAUAACGGCAUGUUGGUAUUUCUCCUACCAGUGCAGUUGGAUAAUUUUGAAGAAGAAAUUGCCAUACUAAAGCAUGAUGAUUUUUUUCUCAUUUCAUACGACUUGCAAACGUUUACACCAUGUUCUGGAAGGCUUAUCGUCUCGAUGCAGAGGAAGUGUAGGAACCCUUCAAAUUAG